GGCUGUGGAAGCCCUCGGACGCGGCCAAGCCCAGGGAAGGGCCCGGGCUGGCAUUACCAUCUCCAUUACACCUGCGCCGCCCGAAGAAUACUCUGCCGAGGGGACAGCAGAGCGAGCUGACAUCUAGCCAUGGCCAAAGAAAUUAACAGCCUCGUGGGCGGGGGAAACACCCGGGAAAUGCAGGACUAUGAGCUUCAGUUGUUUCGCUUUUUGUCCGUGGCAAGGUUCCCUGAAAAGAAGGGUUGGAGGUUAAAAGUGAGAUUUGAUCGGUACCGGCUGUGCUUAGAAGGGAGAAGAGCGUUGAAAAACGGCCGGUGGAAGGACUACGGAAAUCUGAGCCGAUGCUGUCAAGUGUUAGAACUGAACAAGGCAAUUCAAAAGCAGCUCUUCUCAAUUCUCAAUGAAACAUCCCAAGGAGAGGAUUGUGCAGCAAAAUUAAAAGGCUGUCUCCUGCCAAGUAUAUGUACUGCUUCAGGAAGUGACAACCUCACUCAGGAGUCAGCUGAAGGAGAGCUACAGCUGAGAGAUUUGUCCUGCAAACCAAGGUGUGAGCUGCAAGAACUGGAGGACAAACUAAGUGAAACUCGUGUGCAGAUCAACCAGAUGGAACGAGAUCUGAAGGCUUCCCGGUGCCACUUAAAGAGGCUAGAGGAACUAGAUGAGUACGAGCAGAAGAUUGAGAACUUGCGGGAUGAGAUUGCUAUGCUGGAUUGCAAAAAGUCUGUUAUCCAGAGCAGACCCUGCGUGAGGCCCUGUCCUCCCAAGUGCCGUGCCCUUUGCCCAAGGCCCUGUACACCUCCCCGGAUCAGGCGGGGCAGCGCUUCACACCGUGCCUGCCUCAUAGCUCGCUAUAACUUCAUUUACGCUAAGGAACGCUUGGAGGCAGAGUGCAUUUUGAGGCGAUACGUCUGUAACUUGGAGACGGUGCAGAGGAUAGUAUACAUUGCAUGUGUGGAAUCUUUCCGUGCGGCAAAGAUGGCCUUCUGGAGGGUGAAAAUAAACGUAAAAGACACUUUGGGUAUAUGUUUCAGAGGGGGACCUACGUCACUUGAAGUUGCUGUCCUGGAUUAUAUAGCUUGCCACAAGGAUCUGUAUGACGUUUGUUGCAGUGUCCAUGAAGUCGUUUGCUGCAUGAACAGGAACCCAAAGCUUCCAUGUCCAGGAGAACUGGAUUUCGUUGUGAUCAGCAAUUUGAUUCGAGAGGUGUGCUGUUUGGCUUAUUCAAUGCAGACACUCAUUCCUCCUCUUGAUAUUGCCUAUGGUGUUGAUGGAGAAUGCUUCAAUAGGAACAUGUACUAUCGUAGCUUUGACUCCGAUUUUGCAGCUCCCUUUGUGGCCUAUCACGUCUGGCCUCCUCUGGUAGAAGAUGGCACUGUUAUUGUGAAAGGAGAAGUAGUCACUAAAAAAAUGGUUAUGUGUCCUCGCAGAUGCAGGAUUAGAAGCAGAAGCUGCAGCUGUGGCCGUCCUCUGCUGUGUGGGGUGCCUCGAAGCCGCAGUCUUUCAACCGUGAGGGUCAGAAGUAAGUGGCAUAUUGGUUCCUAGUGACUCAUGGUUUUCACAUCAAGCCAUUGAACAAUUGAACAAAAGAACAAAAUUACAUGUUGACUGUCUCUGAUUCUAAAAUACUUGCCGAAGUGUUAAAUUGGAUAG